AGAAGCAUGCGAGAGCGAGCGGAGUGCUAGAGUUCAAACAAAUGAUGCCACGAGAGAGGAGAGAAUGCAGGCAGUGCCUGCCACGUAUGAGACUACAUGGCAAGCAGCCAUUGCCUUGCAAUUGUGCCAUCUCCCCUUCCUUCUCUCUCUCUAUCUCUAUCAUCAUCGCAGUCGCAACCCAAACCAACCCAACCCAACCCUCCUCCAGACCCCAUUUUUUAGCUUCCUUUUCUUCCUUCCUUCCCUUGUUUUUGUUUUCCCUUCCCACAGAAACCCCACUAACCCAAUUAUGAGAAACAGACAUAAAUUUUUAAACUUGGAAGUUCUUGUUUUCCUAUUUUAAUUUGUUCACCAGGUACCUUCUUGUUUCAUUUUAGGAACUGGGAUUUCUUUCUUUUACAUAUUAUUGAACCGAAUCUGGGUUCUUAAAGGAGGGUUCGUUUUGAUGUUUUGAGUUGUUUAUGACUGUAGUUCCUCUUGGUUUAGAUUGAUAAACAUAGUUUUUUUUUUUUUUUUAAAUUUAGGGAUCUUUUUUCUUGUUUUUGGUGUUGCUGGAAUUAGUGGCAAUGACUGAUUUUGGUGAUUUUAGGGGCUUUUUAUGAGCUUCCAAAUGAAGAAUCAGUUUGUUAUUUGCUUUGUUAGAAUCAUCAGUGAAUUGCGUUGUUAUACUUUCAAUUUUGAGAAAGCUGUUAAUAUUGAUGUGUUGUGAUGUUACACUCCAUGUGUAAUAACAGAAUUGAAUUCUUGAAUAAGAUUGAUAAUCCUGUUGAUAAUCAGCAAGGUCUCUACAUCAUGGAUACACCAAUGUCUACCACUAAUUCCACAGCUGGUUCCAACCCUGGUUCGAACGAUGAUACCCCACGUGUUAAAUUACUGUGUAGUUUCUUAGGUAGCAUAAUGCCUCGACCCCAAGAUGGGAAAUUGCGUUAUGUAGGUGGGGAGACGCGGAUUGUGAGUUUGCCUAGGGAUAUUAGUUAUGAGGAGUUGAUGAGUAAAAUGAGAGAGCUUUAUGAUGGGGCGAUGGUGUUGAAGUAUCAACAGCCUGAUGAGGAUCUUGAUGCGUUAGUCUCGGUUGUGAAUGAUGAUGAUGUGAUUAACAUGAUGGAGGAGUAUGAGAAAUUGGGUUCUGGGGAUGGUUUCACCAGGCUUAGGAUUUUUCUGUUUUCGAAUACAGACCAAGAUGGUUCAGCCCAUUAUGUUGAUGGGGAUGGAAGGGAGAGUGAAAGAAGGUAUGUGGAUGCACUAAAUAAUUUGAACGAGGGGCCUGAUUUUAGAAGGCACCAUCCUGAUUCCCCUUUGAUGGGUCCAAUUGAUGACAUUCAUUUACAAGAACAGUUUUUUAAUGGAAUGAAUCUUGAUGGUGGUCUCCUUAGCCACAGGAGUGGUGAGAUGUCAAUAUCACAGUACAACUUGCAUCAUGUUGCUAUUGCUCCUAGGUAUAAUGAGAUGGAGGGUCCAUGGAGUCCAGCAUAUUAUUCUCCUAGGCAUCACGGGCACCAUGAUCCAAGACCAUUAUCAGAGAUCCCAAACUCACCCCCUUCUGCACGGUACCGUAUGCAGUUUGGGGAAUUACCCGAUAAAGGGAUGGAAAGAAUGCCUGAAGAAUAUGCUCGGUUGCAGCUAAAUCAGCAUCCCCCUUUUGAUCACCAGGCACAGUAUUCUGAAAAUGUAGUAUGGAUGCCUGCUGGAGUAGUAGGUGGUGAUAAGGGUGGUUUUCCAGGUAACUUGCUGCACGGUCCCAGUGUUUUGGAAGGGAACAGUGUUUGUGAGCACUGCAGGGGGGCUUUCCCAAGAAAUCAACUGCAUUUGGAGCAACUCUGCAUGGGAAAUGGACUUCCUCAGGUUGCUAAUCCAGGUGCUGACUUUCCCCCAAACAGGGAGGCUUUCAUAGUAAAUGCAGAUGUGAAGGUGCACCACCCAGUGUAUCCCAGAGAGCAGAAUGAUCCACGAGCUGUCUACAAUGAGACACAAGACCAUGAAAGCGGAUGGAUUGUGCAGCAUCAGUUGAGUCCCCGCGCUGAUGAAGCCAGAAAACAUAUCUCUGGAGCUGCAAGAUUCACUGAUCACUACAUUGUAGAUGGUCCUGGCAUGAAUUACCCCCCUGGGCAUGGUAAUUUGGUAGAUGGCCAUCAUAUGUCCUCCCAUCACCGUCCUGGACCUGAAUUGGGUAAUGAUGUGUUUCACGAUCAAACUGUGGCUGCUGUCCACAGCCUACAAAUUUCACCUCCCGAGGAACGCGCGGUACGGUAUGGGAAUUUUCCUUAUGUUUAUGGAUCUGAGAAUCUUCACACAUCGCCACAUGGACAUGCACAUCCACAGACUUUAUGGAGAAAUGCUCAAAUUCCAGUACAUGGCACUCCUUAUGAAGCAUCCGGUGCGGCUCCACAUGUGAGUAGUACUGUUAAUCCAUCGUUUCUUAGGGGCACGGCAGAAGGUAGUCAAAGGAGUGGCAUUGGCGUGGAUUGUCAGAAACCUUGGGCUGAGUCCUCACAGAAAAUGCUGGUUUUUGAUGGGACAAAUUCCUUGGAAUAUUCUCACGGUCAUAUGUUGAAAUUGAAUCCAAAUGCUAAUGGGGUAGAAAAUAAUCAGUCGUUUGCUCCAGAACCCCUUCAACCACCGCUCCAACAUGAAAUGCUAAACUUAUCUGUAAAUACAGUUACUUCUGGUUAUAACCCAGAGUUAAGUAAUGCCAAUGUAGCUGAAGCAUCAAAAGUGGAUGGAACAAUCUUUCUUGGUGUAGAAAACCAAGCAAAUUGUGUGGGGAAAGUUGAAAACUUGGAUGUGUCAUGCAUGCCUUGCCUGGAUCAGGACAUGAUUGCUGAUAUGCAUGGCCAGGCAGCAUUUCCUGAGGCUGUCAAUUCCAAUUUCUCGAGGUUAGCUGGAGAAAGUGGUGAUACAGUGAAAGCGGGAGAAAGAGAUCCUUCUGCUGUUCCUGGAGAUCCAAACCUGUCAAUUAGCCGCAUGAGUUUCUUACCUGAUUUAAUUGCUUCUGUAAAGAGGGCUGCACUGGAAGAGGCUGAAGAGGUGAAAGCUAGAGUCAAAGAAAAUGCUGAUCCUGCAAAUAAUGAUUCAAUAUCAGAAGUAGAUGAUAAGGAGCCUGAAGCUGUGAAUACACAUGAAGAAGCAGAGCUGGGAUCUGACAAUGACAACAUAAAAAACAACAAAAUUGAGCCUACGAAGGCUGAGGCAGAAGCUAUAGAAAGGGGAUUGCAGACAAUAAAAAAUGAUGAUUUGGAGGAGAUUCGUGAAUUAGGAUCUGGAACAUAUGGAGCUGUAUAUCAUGGGAAAUGGAAGGGUUCUGAUGUGGCUAUAAAGAGAAUAAAAGCCAGCUGCUUUGCCGGGAGACCUUCAGAAAGAGAGCGUUUGAUUGCAGAUUUCUGGAAGGAGGCUUUGAUAUUGAGUUCAUUGCACCAUCCAAAUGUUGUUUCUUUCUAUGGUAUUGUUCGUGAUGGCCCUGAUGGAUCAUUAGCAACUGUUACUGAGUUUAUGGUUAAUGGAUCUCUGAAACAGUUUUUGCAGAAGAAGGACAGAACCAUUGAUCGUCGUAAAAGACUCAUCAUAGCUAUGGAUGCUGCUUUUGGAAUGGAGUAUUUGCAUGGGAAGAACAUUGUUCAUUUUGAUUUGAAAUGUGAGAACCUGUUAGUAAAUAUGAGAGAUCCGCAAAGGCCAGUUUGCAAGAUUGGUGAUCUGGGCUUGUCAAAGGUGAAACAACACACGUUAGUUUCAGGUGGUGUUCGUGGAACUUUGCCCUGGAUGGCACCUGAGCUUUUGAGUGGCAAGAACCACAUGGUAACAGAGAAGAUUGAUGUUUACUCAUUUGGGAUUGUUAUGUGGGAAUUACUUACGGGAGAAGAACCUUAUGCUGACAUGCACUGUGCCUCCAUAAUUGGAUAUCAGUCAGGGAAAUACCCUAAAAGCCCUUGAAGUGCAGCAGCUGCUCUGUGUGGAUGCAAGGAUGCUGUAGGAGCUGCUCAAUUCUUCUACAUUGUUCAUCCAAGUGCCUUUCAUGAGCAUGGCCAAACCAACUAAUAUGGAGGAAUUGUGAACAACACAUUACGACCUCAAAUUCCCACAUGGUGUGAUCCGGAGUGGAAGUCUUUGAUGGAAAGUUGUUGGGCCUCGGAUCCAUCGGAGAGACCAUCAUUCUCAGAGAUUUCUCGGAAACUGAGGAACAUGGCUGCUGCAAUCAAUGUGAAAUAAUUCCAGCUCUGAGGCGGUCAAUUUUCAUUUCUUGACUAUCAUUGUGGCAGAAAAGGGGGAAAUACAAGCAAAUAAAUAAAUGAAUAGAAAGAUUUCUCCGAUUAAUGUCAUGUCACCGUACGAGUUCUCAAAUAUUUACAGGCUAAUAUUAUUAUUAUGCAACCUUAUCAAGCUUUUAUUUAAUGUUGCUAUGAAUUAGGAUUGUUCUUUUCAAAGUGCAGUUACAAGCACACUGGAUUUUACCUCGAGGCUUACAUAAUACGAAGAGCUGUGGAUGCACAAGCGGAAUGUUUUUUUUACCUGUUUGGAUCGAUCAAAGUCAUUUUACCUUGGGCAAUUUCUACUAUUAUUUGAUGUUGGACCCAAGUUUUUUUACGAGGAAGGGCGUGUAUAUACAAGUCAAAUCGUAAUUAAAGAGUCCGAGCUUUAUCUUGUGAGCGAUUAUGAUGCAUAAUGCUUAGAACUUGAAACUAUCUGUUAUGAACAGAACUGAAGUUCAAUAUAUGGUCUGGAGAUGUAAAAUGUAUAUGAUAAUCACUUGAGGAAAUACUUGCAUUAUGUAUCCUUGCGAUGAUAUGUCCAGGUACAAGUUCAUGAAGCCUGAGAAUUGUUUCUUUUGAUUUUGCUU